AUGGCAGGAGGCGCCUUCCUGCCAAGGACGCCCCAGUGGUACAAUCUGAGAUGGCGACAUCCGGCGAGGGCUGUCUGCGUACAGCCGCACCCUCGCGAGAUUGUUGCCCAUGCCCUGGCCUCAUUUGCACAGAGACCAACUGACUUGGUUCCUAGGGCUAAGCAACUUCUGCCGAUUGCAAGGAGAACAUGGCAGCUUCUCGAGCCGAUCGACCCCCGGUCGCCUAUACAGGCCAUGCUUAUCUACACGGACGGCUCCUACUGCCCCCAGCUCCAGCAUGCCAGUUGGUCCGCUGUGAUCACUGCACAACAGGAGAACCGCCCCUGCAAAAUUGGUGCUUUAGCUGGGAAAGUACCUCCUUCGGAUGGACCCGCAAGUGCCUUCAGAGCCGAGGUUUGGGCGCUACUUCAUGCUGUUGCCUAUGUUGCUGCUAACGGAAUCAUGCGAGCUACGAUUGCGUCGGAUUGCCAGUCUGCCCUCGAUAUUGUCUUCGGCGUAGCCCGCUGCGACCCAAGUGACAAGGCGGGUAGAGCUGCACAAAGCCUGCUGCUUUUGGCUCGUGCGCAGGGAUCCGUGCUUUGCCCGCUUAAAGUGGAGGCGCACUGCGGACUGCCCCUCAACGAGGCUGCGGACGCCGUCGCCAAGACGGCCAAUCAGCAACAGGCUCACCCGGACUUCAGCUUCGAGGCUCCAGAUCUCCUUGCCUGCAUUGCAGAUGGCACGGUCGAAAGACUCUGGAUGAUCCAUGCCCACCAGUGCAUGCCGGCACAGCUCCCUCACCUUGGCGACAGUGGCGAGUGGGGGCUGCCGUCCUGCAAUCUUAGCCCCGCCACUCGCGCGACCUCAGUUUCUUUUUGCACCCAGCCACCAGAGUGUGAACAAUGGCAGUUGGCACUCAACCUCAUUACUUACAACUGCCUCUCAGCCCGGAGUCGCGCAGCCAAAGCCCUGCUCGACCAGGGCUUACACCACAGACAAUGUGCCCUCGCAGGACUCCAAGAGACCCGCGACCUCGAGGAAGGUGUGCAGACGACUGAGCAUUACUGGGUUGUUUCCUCGGGCUGUGACAAAUCGGGCGCUGGCGGCUGUCAGGUUUGGAUUUCCAAGUGCCUCCCGUGGGCACGCGCCGGUGAGCAGAUGAUGCAACCGGCGCGUGACAGCAUCUGCGUCUUGUUUGCUUCGCCGCAGCUGCUCAUUGUGCUUUUCCGUGUUGGCACCCUUAAGGUUGCAUGCGUGGUUGCACACGCCCCUACCUCCACCGCCCCACAGCCAGUGAUCGAUCAGUGGUGGAAGGAUCUCAGGGAAGCUAAUCUUCGGGUACCGCCCGGGCACAUCCGCAUCUGCAUGAUCGACGCCAAUGCUUCCUUCGAGUCACACCCGGACAACCCCAGCACCAUUGAGGCCACUCCCUCUGGGGCUAACUCCUCCUGUUUCCAGGCCUUUUGCCAGGACUUCUGUCUGUGCCCUUCGGCGCAACGAGAUGUGUCCGGAAACCGGCUUUUCUCCUGGACCAGCCCUGGGGGUGAGCUUAAGCGGCUCAUCGACUACGUGUGUGUUCCGGAUGCUUGGAAAGAGGGGUUUGCCACAAUGCCAAACUUUUGUCUGGGGGAUAUCCGAGCUGGAUUUGACCAUUCCCCCGUUCAAGGACGGCUGCGAGCCCAGAUCGAGGCCCCGCCUGCCAGAUGCCCUCGGCGUUUCUGUGUUGAGUCUUUCCACACGCCCGAGGGCCGGGCGGCUGCGGCGACUGCCCUUGCUACGAUGCCUCAGGUUCCCUGGGAAGUCGAUGCGACUACUCACCUCGACUGCCUCCUCAGACACGCGCAAGCCUGCUUGAGCGCACACCUACCUGCGCCCGUCAAGAAACCGCGGAACCCGGCUAUCUCUGACAAGUCCCUCGAGCUCAUCCUCACUAGGCGUCGUGCGCGCACUGUCAGAGAUCGCUUGCGCUGUCAGUUGACAUCUACCUUGCUCUACCACUGCUUCGCUGCGUGGAGGGGACGGACUGGCCACUCUGCAAGCAGACUGAUGCAAAUUGCCGGCCUUGCAGAUCGCACUGCCAAGGCAGCCUUUUCCUACUGCGCUCUCAACAAGGCCGUGCACGAUGGCCUGGCUGCGGACCGAGCGGCUUUUGCGCGAAGGGCCAUCGACCAUGCGAGAGGCAUGGGUUCAGCAGAGUUCGCGCACCACUUGCGAGCUGUGCUGCGGACUGGCAGGCGGUAUCGGGCCCCACAACUCCUCAGGCCUCUCCAAUGCGAUGCCCAGACUGCCCAGACAGCAGCAUGUGAUACCGACAUCCUGGCCGCGCUGGGAAAACACUUCGCCGCGCCUGAGCGGGCAGCUCUACUCCCCAGUUCCGAACUGGCGGCCAAGUUUGAUGGGGCCACUCCCCUAGCCGAGGGCACGGAUUUCGAAAAACUGCCCACCUUAUCCGACCUUGCAGCCGGGGUCUUGGCGUUGAAGCCACGCAAGGCAGCGGGAGUUUCAGGAUUGGCCGCCGAGCUUUUCCGUGCCGAUGCCCUCGCUUCUGCUGCGGUGCUUUUCCCCUGUUGGCCAAGACGGCGGUCAGAGGCACAGGUCCAGCGCAACACAACGGGGGGCAAGCUGCAGGCGAGCAACCCAGGCGGAUGGCGGUCCAUCCUUCUUUUGGAGCCCUCCGCCAAAAUCAUCCAACAGGCCUAUAGGCCCCAGCUUAUCGCCUUUCUGGAAGGCCACAAGUCACGGUGCCAGUUUGGGGGCCUCCCGAAUCGACGCCUCGAGCAGCCCAGUGCCAUUGUGCGUUCGCACUUUGCCAUGCUAAGAGCCACCGCACAAGUCGGCGGUGCGGUCUUCAUUGACAGCCGUGCUGCCUAUUAUUCCAUCAUACGGGACUCCCUCGUCGCGAGCAGAGUUGAGCUUACCACGGCAGAGCUCCGCUGCCGCGCUCAAGCUCUGUUUCCGUUCAGCGACGAUCAGGAGUCUUAUGUCAGGCACAUGCAGGCUGGCGGCAUUGUGCGCGCCCUCCAGCUGCCGGAGCCCCUAGUGCGUUACCUGGAAUCCCAGUUGGGAACCACUUGGUUUUCCAUGGCCAAUCCCAUCAAUGCAGCCUAUGUGGCCGAUAGUGGGACCGCCCCAGGGUCUCCUAUAGCUGACGUGCUCUUUUCAUUUGUGUAUGCUCGGUUUCUGACCCAGGCAGAGGACUUGCUAAUCCAGGAAGGUCACUACGUGCGCCUCUGCACCACUCAGUCCCCUGAAGCCGUGCCCACCUGGGCCGAUGACACCGCUUUUUUACUCGGCCCAAUCGCACCUGUAUCUCUCGCCCCCUCCCUCCGACGUGUGGCUGAGAUCAUUUGCGGCGGGCUACGCCAGGCAGGUCUUGAGCCGAACCUCUCUCCGGGCAAAACUGAGGCGGUGAUUCACUUUGGCGGUCCAGGGCACCAGGCAUGCCGACGAGCCCUGCUGUGCGUGACGAAUCCUGGGGUCACCUUCUCGCAAGAUGCUGAGCGUAGCGGGCACCUGCGAGUGGUUCCGCAGUAUGCACACCUCGGCACCAUCAUUUCCUAUAAUGGAGCCGAGGGCCCCAACCUGCUGCAUCGAGCUGCCCUUAUGCGACAGAUCUUUAAGCCCGUACGCAGCCGUCUCUUUUACAAUCCCCACCUCUCCCUCAAGGAGAAGAGACGGUUCCUCUACGGGGCGGGGCUGUGGUGCCCGCGCACGGCGCAUGAGGCCGAACUGGUCGUUGACCCCAUCCACACUGCCAUGCGCAAAUCAUUCCGCCCACUGCUGGGUUUGUCCUCGGCCGGCUUUUCCAACGACGAGGUUGCUGCAGCCCUGCAGAUGCCUACUCCGGCCGAACGCCUACACCAUGCAAGGGCAUCGGCCCUCCUUGUGCUCUUGGAGACCGGCUCAGCCGAAACCUGGGCGAACUAUGAGGCAGACGGCACGUGGCUCUCAAUGGCCUGGCGGCUCUGCAAGAGCUACCUGCGUACAUGUGUGGCACAACGCGCUCCUGUGCAGCUGAGCGAGCGCAACCCCGAGGAGGCAUCAAGGCUGGCAGUGCACCUUGCGAGGAUGCACCGCAUACGUUCCAAGGCCGCCUCCACCGCCUGGGGCACACGGUGUGAGCGAUGCCAAACAGAGUUUUGGGACGUCGCCCGGCUCUCCGAACACCUGCGUUACAGGCAAGACACCGCCAGCGUGGCAGCCCGCUACGAGGGUUCCUGGGCCUAUGCCCUUCUGGGCUACGCUUUCGCCAGCUGUGGGGACUUAGGCGUAGACAGAAAC